AUGGCUCAGUCCACACAAUCUGAGUAUGUGACACUCGUGUCAUGCGAUGGCUUUGAGUUCAUCAUCCCGCGCAGCGCUGCCUGCAUCUCUGGCACCAUCCGGCGCAUGCUGGACCCUUCGAGCAAUUUUUCUGAAGCGGUUACUGGUCGCUGCGUGUUGAAUGAUAUGACGUGCGUUAUCGAUCGAGAGUGGAUUCGAACGACGCGUUCUGGCGUCCUGGUCACAAGAUUUACUGACGUGGGAUCAUUUGCGUUCUUCAGUGCCGUCGUCCUCGAGAAAGUCUGCGAGUAUUUCUGCUACAACGAGAAACAUAAGGACCAGGCCAAUGUACCCGACAUGGAUGUACCGGCGGAGCUUUGCCUCGAGCUCUUGAUGGCUGCGGAUUAUUUGGAUACAUGA